CCGCACCACGUGGUGCAGCGCUCGUAGCCCACGUGACCACGCGACGAGACUGCUCCGUUCGUCUGAAUGAAGGCUCAAUAAUCGCGACUAAUCGAUCGAUCUCUCCAUCGAUAUCUCGGCGGCGAGGGCGAAGCGAAGGGGCAGCGGCAAUUGCAGUUUUUGGAGAUGGCGCUCACUAAAAAGGAUGUGGAGGAGCUAAAACCGUGGGUGGAGAAGACGGUGAAGAAGGUCCUGGGCUUCACGGAGCCCACAGUCGUCACCGCCGCCCUCAACUGCGUGGGCAAGGGCAUGGACCGCGGCAAGACGGAAGAGCAACUGAAGGCUUUCCUGGACGAGUCGACGUCUAGGUUUGUGGAGAAGCUGUUCGAUGCUGUUGAGGAGGUGAAAAACUACAAGUUUUCCAAGGCCACCAUGGAGAAGAAUCGCAAAAGAGAGCUGAAAGACGUGUUUGGGGACGACCCGGACACCCCCAGGGAGGCCGCGCCGGUACCGGCGCCAGCCGCCAAGCGCAAGCGCGUGCCGCGGUUUGCCGAGGACGAGCCCUCGGUGGACGGAGACGGGGACGGGGUGAUGCCGGCGCCCCCGGCUGAGCCCAGCAUGCUCACCAAGACCCAGAUCAAGCAGAUGAUGGAGGCGGCGACGAGACAGAUCGAGGAGCGCAAGAAGCAGCUGAGCUUCAUGUCCACGGCAGGAGGGCCGCAGGGAGGGGGGCAGCAGCAGCAGCAACAGCAGCAACAACAGCAGCAGCAGCAGCAGCAGCCGCCGCCUGCACCACGCCCCAGCGUCCAGAGCGUCCAGUCUCCGCAGGGUGGUGGCGGCGGCAGCGGUGGCAACAACACCAUCACCACCGCGAGCAGUGGCGCUAGCGGCGGUGGUGGCGGUAUCAGCAGCGGCGGAGGAGGCCUCCAAUCGGGCACGCCACCCGCUCACCUCUUCACCUUCAUGGGCAGCACCAUCGCGCCGUCGCAGGCCGCCACCUUCAUGAACGACGCCAUCGAGAAGGCGCGCAAGGCGGCCGAGCUGCAGGCGCGCAUCCAGGCGCAGCUGGGGCAGCUGGCGUCGCGCGGGGGAGGACUCGGGGGCACCGGACUUGGGGGCGCCGACCUUGGCGGCGGGGCCAACGCCGCGGCCAGCGCCGCCGCCGCCGCCCUGGGGAUCGGCGGGCCCGGGCUGGGCAUCGGAGCCGGCGCCGGUGGGGUUUCGGCGCUGAGCAUGGCGCUGGGGAUGUUCCCCGGCAUGGGGUUGGGGUUCAAUCUCGGGGGCGCGGGGUUGGGAAUGGGCGUCGGGUUGCCUCCUGGGCUUAGCCUGGCCGCGUUCCAGAUGGGCGGCAUCGCCGACCAGCUGGCCGGCAAGGACGCGGCCACCGCAGCGGCGGCGGCCGCCGGCGGCGCGGCCCCUGGCGCUGUCCCCGGUGCCCGUCCGGCCCCUUUGAUCCUGGACGACCAGGGCCGCACGGUGGACGCGGCGGGGCGCGCCGUGGAGCUCACACACCGCAUGCCCACGCUGAAGGCGAACAUCCGCGCCGUGCGGCGCCAGCAGUUCAAGCAGCAGCUGAAGGAGAGGCCCACGGAGGACGUGGAGGCGCAGCACUUCUACGACCCGCGCGUGCCCGCCGAGGUGGCCUCGCGCCCGCGACGCCACUUCCGCUUCCACGAUAAGGGCCGCUUCGAGAAGAUCGCGCAGCGUAUACGGUGCAAGGCGCAAUUGGAGAAGCUGCAGUCGGAGAUCGCGCAAGCCGCCAAGAAGACGGGCAUCCAGUCGGCCACCAAGCUGGCGCUCAUCGCGCCCAAGAAGGAGCAGCAGGACGACGAGGUCCCCGAGGUGGAGUGGUGGGACUACUACAUCCUGCCGUCGUCCUACGACCACGAAUCCGACGUCCACAUGGUGCUGGAGAAGGGGCAGCUCGACGGCAUCACCAACCUCGUGGAGCAUCCCGCGCAGAUCAACAGCCCCACCAGCGCCGACACCGAAAUCGCCGUGGAGAGCGACAAGCCGGUGACGCUGGGAAUCUACCUGACCAAGAAGGAGCGCAAGAAGCUGCGCCGUCAGACCCGCAGGGAGGCUCAGAAGGAGCUGCAGGAGAAGAUUCGCCUGGGUCUGGCUCCCCCGCCCGAACCCAAAGUGCGGAUCUCGAACCUGAUGCGCGUGCUGGGCACGGAGGCCGUGCAGGACCCCACCAAAGUGGAGGCUCACGUGCGGGCACAGAUGGCCAAGCGGCUCAGGGCCCACGAGGAGGCGAACGCGGCGCGGAAGCUGCCGGUGGAGCAGCGCAGGGAGAAGAAGAUCAAGAAGCUGAAGGAGGACACGACCAGUGGCGUGCACAUCUCCGUCUACAGGAUCCGUGACCUGACGAACCCGUCAAAGAAGUUCAAGAUCGAGACGAACGCGAACCAGUUGUUCCUCACCGGAGGCGUGGUCCUGCACAAGGACGUCAACGUGGUGGUCGUCGAAGGCGGACCAAAAUCUCAGAAGAAGUUCCGGCGGUUGAUGAUGAAUCGCAUCAAGUGGGCCGAGGAAUCCAACUCAAAAGAAUCUGACAGCCUGUCGAGUGAGAUUCGCCGGAGGAAACCCAACUCCUGCACUCUGGUUUGGGAGGGCACGGCCAAGGAGCGGAGCUUUGGAGAAAUGAAAUUCAAGCAGUGUCCCACCGAGAGUUUAGCGAGAGAGCAUUUCCGCAAGCACGGUGUGGAGCAGUACUGGGAUCUGUGCUUGAGCGAGUCGGUGCUGGAAAUGACGGAGGACUGAGGGGGGGCUGGCCCAGACGGGAUCCGUCGUAGGCUAGCUGUGGAAUCGACACCCCCCUCCAACCUCCCGUUGCCCUCCUAUCUUCCCAGCGCCGUUCCCUCGCUGUGUGUUUCUACAAUUCUUCGUUGUGACGGCGAGGGGCCCCAGCCGGCUUGGCUUGUUUGUAAAUUUAAGGAAAGAAAAAACUAAUUUUUUUUUGGUCUUUCCUCCCUUUUCAAUCCUUGUCCAUUGUUUUAUUACGGUAUGUUGUGGGAGUAAGGGCCAGCAAAAGUUUAGUGCGCGAUUCUCAGGAGUGAAUCACGAAGGCAUGCGCGGGGUACGUUUAGUUUUUUUUCAGAGAAGGAUUAGAAAACGUGGGUUGUUUUGGUCCCGCUAUGGAUCUCGCCCCAGUUUGCGUGCUCGGUCUUCGGGAAACAGUCUUGACUGCCCUUCCCGUAACCUCAGCUGGCGACGUGCGGAAUGAAAUGCGCCUAACGAUCAUUCACCGUUAUCAACAUCCUUAAAAGCACAACAAUUGUGAUCCUUUCCUCCCCAGUUAAGGCUUAAACCAUCUUCAACUUAAUGGAUAGGGUGCAGAAUCAUGUAAACGUUGAUGUUUUGUAAAAGAAAAAAAUUAUUCUACGUUUAUCCUGGUUGUGCUGUGCAUGUCAUGAGAUGCGGUGUUCAUUCAGAACUCUCAGAGCAGGGCAACUCUUCAUGUUAAAGAAUGGCCCACAGACGUGGAUAUCACAGCUUGCAUCCGAGAUGCCUUCAAGUGGCCUCGAGUCCACACGUUAGAGGAGCGGUACUUUUCCACCCGCCCUGCCAACGAGAGUAAUGUCCGUCGCAUGACGGUGAAACUGAUAUUUAGUCAUAAAAUUGAGUACACAACUGAUAUCGGACUUUUUUUCUGCUGCGAUCAUCGUUGACCGUUCUGAGACCAUAUCUACGUUUGAGAACCCGGUUUAAUCGCAGGUGACGGAAACCAGGAUUUUUAACCCAGGACCCUCAGCGGUGCCAGUUUGGCACUGAUCAAUGAGCCACCAGGCCCCACCCCACAUGAAUCGAUAAUACUGAACAAUCUCCCAAGUUGAAAGGCAGAUGAAUCGACCGUUUGGCAUGAUGCAUUUGCAAUGCGACGUGUGUGCGGUCUGUCUCCUAUUGCAUCGCAUCUUUGUCAACGUAAACUUUGCAACAAAGCGGCACCGAUUAAGAUCGCCGAUGUUUGCAGACACGCGUAACCCCAAGCGUGGAUUUCCCGGUCAGGCUGAGCUUGGAGCCUUUUUGUCAACCUUUCGCCACCAUGCACGGCUGCGUGGACACCCUCAAGAAUUGAUGCCCGCAGUAGUGCGUGGCAAAAGUAGAAAUCCGCACGAGAUUUGUAUCCAGUUGGGUAGGCAACAGCUCGCUCCAGUCGGUGUAUGAACCAAUAAUGUCUACACCACCAUCGCUGCGGUCAGCUUGUGUCACACGCGAGUUUUACUGUCUUAAUCCUGAAUAUUCUUUCUAUGCCGUGAAAGCUGCCCACCCCCUCUCACUGAUGUUGUAUUCCUAGCUGUGUGCGCACUUUUGUACACUUGUGCAUAACAUAUACUCGCUCGGGUACUUGGCAGGUUCUACACUUAGUGUGCUUUUAUCAUUUUUUUUCAGGCCACCUCAUAUCUAUACAACCCAAUGGGUUCCUACUAUUUUAUUCUUUGCCAUGUAUUUGCCCACGAGCCCGGAGGAGAUAACUCACUUGUUGGUACCACCUGAAGUGGUGGCAUCACUUUCUUUGAUCCCAUAUGUUGAUGUGGCCAAAAACAGUGAAUUGUGGUAACCAUUUGAAAUGAGUGUGCUCUCAAAAAACUGUUUGAGCCAUGUACAAUUGGUACCUUUAUGGGUUUGCUACCUUAGGUGAUACCAAUAUCUCUUUGGGGCCCAUGGACUUAUUAGAGAGAGAAGUUAAUAUUUAUGAAAAUUGGGUUGUCAUUAGAUUACACUAUGCCAUCCGUUUUGGCUCACUGGGAGUGCAGGGGGGGGUGGGAUAUUCAAGUCAAGUGAGCUGCCCUUGAAUCUAAAUAUUGGACAAAAAUAAUUAGUUUUGUAAUGAGAAGUGUGUGUACGUGCACGUUUGUGCAGUAAUGUCGGUAUCAUUUUUCUUUUUGUCAGCAUACCGUUGGUAGUGAAUAUUGUAUCACGGUAAUAAAUGCCGGUUAAGAGCUUCAAUGAGACAUCACCACCAUGGAUUCGCAUGUAGAAUUGGCACACGCGUGCGUGAAGAAUAACAAACAAAAAAAUCGCCAUAAGACGCAACCAAAUAUAAAAGCGAGAAAGUAUGCCUCUGUUCAAUGACUAAUUUUAGCGUGCGUUUUGAUAUUGGAGAUGUUAGACGGGAUUUAAAGAUGUGCUUUCAUGGCGUGUGUACAUAUACUUUAUUAAUAAAAAAAAUAA